UAUGAUUGGAUAAGCCACUUGUCCGUCAUCUAUUGACGUGCUACUUCAACCACUCACAUCGAAGCCAACCCGUGAUUGACUCAGUGCUCCUUCCCUUCUUCCCUUAAUUAAAAAAUACGCACUCCAAAAGCCACGGCUGUGUCUUAGAGUGACGGAGCAUAGCGCUAUCUGUUAAGGUCUUCUUUUCAAGGCAACUGUUUUAUCCUAGCUGCAGGGGCUCUGUAGUCGGCUCUGCCCUAGUAGUGUAAUUAAUACUGUUUUGAGGGAAAUCAAUUUUGCUUCAUUUUAUUGUCAGCAGAUAUCUGUGGGUGCUUACAUUUUUGACAGAAGAUGAUGUAAGAUAAACAUUUUUCCUUGAAAAUGGCAUUAUGUCAAUUUUACAUUAAGUUGUUGCCUUGUACACACUCAGAAGAUCCUCAUUGCUGUCUAUUUUUGAUGCUACCAUGGCUUUAUGCCAUGCAAUGCAUUACACAAUCACAUCUCAAGGCUACUGAGAAAGUCAUUUUGUCUGACAAGAUCCAUUUGUUGUAGAGCGACAGACAGCAUUCAGGCAGAUGUCCUCGGCCCAGCCUCUCUACCGACAAAAGUUAAUUGUCAACUCUCGAAAUGUGAACAGGAAAGUUCUGCCCUCUCCCUCCUACAUGUUCUCGGACAUUGAAUAGAGCCACUGUUCCAGAGCAUUCCAUUUAACAUACAGCAACCUCUUAGUGAAUUGGGAUACCAGACCACAUUAUACUCAUGAGGUUCGUUCAACUCAGCAUAAGAGCUGAAGUCUGUUCACUUCACAAGGCAAUGUGUUAGGAUCUGUCUGAGCGCUUCCUGAAGCGCCGCACAGACAUCUGCAAAGCGGAUCCUAAUUAAGGUACCAGCUCUUCUGUUUAAAACCUUGUUAUGCCAGAGAGAGAGAGAAAACUAUUUCAACUGCCAGCUACUGCAUCACCUGUAGGCCAAGCAAACCUCACCCCGUUCACCUUUGUGCCAAUUCUGGCAAAGCUGCCAACAAAGAGCAGAAUCAUACUUGUCGGGAGAAAAUUACUAUCAGCAUUUCACCAAAACCAGAGUUUAGAGGAACCCAUCAAAGACACGUCGUAUGAAAAUACCAUGGACGGGGGUGUUUACAAGGCAGAGUUUGUGUACAUAGGAGACUCGGAGGAAAACGAGCCAGCAGACUCCCCUCGAGAAACGACACAGGCGAAAAAGCUGAAGGCGUCGUCCGCUGAUCUGAUCGCUCAAACCCCACCCUUACCCUCACCCUCGCCCUCUCCCUCACCCUCCACCCCUGUCCCCGCUCUCGGGCAGAUCUCAAUCUGCAACUCCAGUGACUCCAGCCCCGCGUCCCUGCGUGCAGCCAUGGAAACCGACCCCAACAAACACGAGGGCUUCUCCUUUCGGCCCGGGCGUCACAGCACGUCUCCAGGCACCAGCGGACGGCUCUAUUUCAACCAUGAGCCGGAGUCGGAUCGAGACGAGUUCUUGAGCCCCGCCACGUCCGUCGACCUGCUGCCUUCGCUGGUGUCGUCGUCACGGGAGUCCAUCCUGUCCGAGGGCUGGGACAGGGACAGAAGCUGCCUGGCGUCCCCGGCGCUGUCCUCCCUCAGCCGCGCCUGGUCACCAUGCUCGUCCGUGCGCUCUGGCGCCUUCUCCCCAGCGGUGGUCCGAUUGACACGCCACUCCCUGGCGCCCGGCGCCAGUCUGGUGCGAAUGACUCCCGGCGGCAGCGCCAGCUGCUCAUCUUCGCGGGCGGCCAGCCGGGGGCCGUCGCCGUGCCCGUCCGUGUCGCCACAUGUCCGACACCGGCCGCCCCCCACGCAGCUCUCGCUGCUGACGGCCAUUCUGCGCAAGGGCCGGCUACCCGUGCUGUCAGCCGCCACCGAGAGGCCCUACUCACCCUGCUGGCCAAUCAGCCCUGUCCACAUGUCCUCAUGUCCAGCCUGCAGGGCCGCUGCACGGGUGGGCCCGGUGGUGGGCGGGGGUGUCGGACCACAAGACUCUGAAGCACACACACCCAAGCAGCACAGCUUGUGUCACAGAGAGACGUCCGAUCCGAAGAGCCUAAAUUCAGUGGGAGAGCCGCAGUUCAUUUCACCGUCAGAUGGAGUGUUUGGCUCUCAAAAAUCUAUUUUCAGAUCUGAGCCCUUGAAGAGUUACGUCUCUAGUUGGGGCGCCGAGGCAUCACGGCUGUCCUCUCCAGCGACGAGGACCAACAUGUCGGACAAAUCUGCCAGCAAUACUCCGCGACGUGUCCUCAAGCCAGUCAACGCCGAGAUCCAUGUUUCCCCUGCCCCGAGUCCACAGCUAUACACAUCCUUCUCCCGACUCUCCAAUUCGCCCAAACCCAGCUACGCCUCCUGCUGCGCCUCGGAGGGCCCGGGCGUCACGUCGCCGCCGUGCCACAGAGGUACUGCUUGCUCCGCUCAGUCAGAAAACUCUCGACCAGCCUCCGGCUCAGAGAACGAUGGCAACGCCACGCGACUUUCCUCCGAUAAGCUCUCACCAGCGGCGAUCCACGCUCACAGGCUGUCUCCUCUUCCCAGAAUCCCCCAGCUCUCAUCCCCACGACGCACACCCACCCCGACCCUGACCCCCACCCCCACGUCCACCUCUCUGUCACACGCCCCCUACCGCUCGGCCGCCACCCCAGACCGCUUCACUCUCUCCCCUUCCCCACUGACCCUGAGUCGCGACCUCAGCCCGUCCCCCUCCUUCCCUCCCUCCUCGACGCCCUCGCCCACACCAAAGGGCCGUGUGUCAGUCUCAGCUGACAGGGAGGAUAAAAAAAGCCAGCCAUGCAAGAUCAAGUCGUCUUAUAAAGCACUCGCCGCCAUCCCCACAAACACCCUUCUGCUGGAACAGCAGGCCAUUGACAAUGAGGUUGAAAAGAAAGAGAAUUCACUGGAUCCGUCUGAGACAUUCUCAAUGGAGGAGGCUCGAGCUGAGAUGUGCUCGCCUGCCCAGCUGAGGGCCCAGUCCGAGGAGUUGUAUGCCGUCAUCGACGAAGUCCUGGAAGAGAGCCCCAUCCCUUUUCGGCGGCCUCUCCUCUCCCCCUCCCCGACUACGCGUUGGGAAGAAACCGACUCGGUGAAGAGGUACACGCCAAGAUCCUCACCAAGAACUGUGGGAAGGGAAACUAAAUAUGCAAACUACCAUUUGCAAUCACCUGGCCUGGGCGAACAGCAUGUGACAAAGCCAGGAGUGAUCCGUCCAACCUCUGUAACUUCAAGGUUACCCACUGAUAACGAAGAGGAAGAGUACAUCCCAAAUCCUUUCAAGACGUAUCAGGACGGUCAUCUUAAGAACAACCCAAACAAGUAUGCCUGCUUACUUCAGGGGGAGCCUGAGGCAGAUGGUGGGAGACCUUCAAGCAGCCAGUCCUCUGCCAAAAAAAGCAUCUCUUCUGGUGGAAUGACGUUCGGCCUGUUACCCCCCAGCCUAUGGCUUGCCACGACAGGAGACUCCCAGACUGGGCCGUCAGCACUCACUACCACACUGGCCAAGAUGGAGGUGCAUGAAACUGACAUUUAGGCUGCCUUCAGUUGUUAAGAAAUCUAAAUGGAAAGCUCUCCUGCAAAUGUGAUAAUUAUAAGAUCAAUGUAUUAGCUGACUUGUUACAGAAGCUAAAUGUGUUUAUACUGAAAAAUAUGAAGGAGCAUAAAUGAAUACAUGUUAACCCUUGCACUGAUGCUGCUGGAUAAGAAUAAACAUCAUAACAUCAUAACAUCAGCUCAACCAAUUAUAAAUAAAUAGCAUAUUUUAUUGAAUUGAAGGUGUUGGUUUUUACACAGUAAUAAAGUUAUUUUGUUUUGUUUACAGUGUUUAGCUACAUUUCUACCUUCCACUUGUUGUUUAAAGUGGAAAAAACCUUGUAGCCACAAUAAAUUUGCGUUACUUAAACUUUAAGCUUAAA